CUGGCCUUUCCUCCAGAUUUGCCUCCAGUCAUUUUGAAUAAGGUUGUUUUGGUUUGGUUUGGAAGAUAGAGAUAUAGUGGUUGAUGGAGAGGGCAAGCGGUAGCAGUGGAUAUAUAAGCACGAAGUAGAAUGGAAGCUGGAUGAUGGAGCAAAACAAGAACAGAGGAGAGAGAGAACAGAAGCAGCGCAGAGAGGGACGGGACGCUGGUUUAUAAGAAAACGCGGCAGCGGUUCUUGUUGGGCGGCGUCGCAGCCCAGAUCACGCAGCGGGUCACGGGAUCCUCGCUUAGCUGAGCUGGAUCAGGCAGAUCAGGCCAAUCACAGGCUGCCGUUUGCUGUGUCAGCUUAUUGUGGCCUGCUGCCCGAUCCGGUAAGUCUGGUAAACCACGCUGUUACCGAACCGUACAGUCCAGUAUUAGCCUAUUCCCAUACAAACACCACCCACCGCGCCCUCUAAUCAUACGGAUCAUACGGGUCUGUUACCGUAUCGAAAUUCUGCUUCCUUCACCCACCUCAGAUCACGCUGCGUCGGCUGGCGCUGCUGGCUGCUGCUAUAAGUACUCGCCCCCCCGCCUGCUCCUCGUCGCGACUCUUGUCUCUUCUCCAUCUUCCACUGCUUCACGUCCGCAUACCUUGCUCACACCACACCCGCCGCCACACGUCUAUUACACACGACAUCUACUUCUUUACCCUUUUUUAAUUUUUAAAAAACUCUCAAAUUCAUAAUGGCACCAAAGGCCGCCGAGAAGAAGCCCUCUACUGGAGGCAAGGCCCCCGCCGGAGGCAAAGCUCCUGUUGAGAAGAAGGAAGCUGGCAAGAAGACUGCCGCCACCGCUGGUGGUGAGAAGAAGAAGCGAUCCAAGACCAGAAAAGAAACCUACUCCUCCUACAUCUACAAAGUCCUCAAGCAAGUCCACCCUGAUACUGGUAUCUCGAACCGUGCCAUGUCCAUCCUUAACUCCUUCGUCAAUGACAUCUUCGAGCGCGUUGCCACCGAAGCCUCCAAGCUUGCUGCCUAUAACAAGAAAUCCACUAUCUCUUCUCGAGAAAUCCAGACUUCCGUGAGACUCAUCCUCCCAGGUGAACUUGCCAAGCACGCCGUCUCCGAAGGCACAAAGGCUGUCACCAAGUACUCUUCGUCUGCCAAAUAAACGACUUUGUUUUUUUGUUUUCUUGCUUUCUCUUCUAUUAUAUGGUUUUUCUUUUUUUUAAUUCCUCAUGGUCGAAUGUCUUUUUUCUCUCUGCGGCUCAGUGAGGUGGCUACGGGUGUUAAGUGGGUUUUCUUGUUUCUCUAACGCUUCAUGGGACGGUUUUGAAUUUGUUAUUUCCUUGUUUUCAAUUAUUUUUUAUUUUUUAUUCCACUUUGCAACAUUCCACAUGUCUAUGGGUUGCAAUUCGUAUCGUUUUGAUGGAAUGUACAAUAAAUUACUGGAAUAUGGAAGGCAGUCCGGCAUGGGUUCACUGGCCACUGGCCGCCUCCUUGAUUAAGGCAAGAAAAUUCAAUUUGCUUUUAUUGUGCAAAGUCUCUCCUGGUAUUUGUCUCUUGCAAUCAAGAUCUCCGAUGUGGAAUGCGUGGAGCUUUUGCAUCUUCAUUUUCACGUGGGGAAGACGGUCGAUGAUUUUUGAUGUCAAAUAGAUACGUGUUUCUAUCCAUAAGCCAAGAACAAAAUCGAUACUAUAUACAGCCCAGGCUUGUCAUGUCAUGAAAAUGACUAGAAAUCAGAAGAAAUCCAGGACGACGAGAAAACUUGAUUAAACCAUGUAACCAACCAACCAGCCGAAACAAAAGAAUUGACUUGCGCGUCAUUUUGAUAUAUGUAAAACACUGGGGCUAUCCCCAACAUCGUCGUCGCGGAUGCUCCUCUCAUCGCCGUCAACGCGUUCGUCGCAAUCGUCACAUUCAUCAUCAUCGUCAUCAUAUUCAUCCAACGCCUCAACCUCAUCAACAGCCCCUUCCCUCUCCGACCCAUGCCCACCAAACGGUGACGUCUCCUUAUCAAAAACAUGAAUGAUCGCUUUCCCAUUCCCAGUUACCGCACCACCGCGCAAGUUCCGCUUCCAGUUAUCCCAGUCAUCCUCGUCGCGGAUCAGGAAGCCAAUUAGCAUACUAGGAUCCAUGUCCUUGAUGUGCAGCCGCCGCAGCCGGCGCGUGUGGUAGGUGUUCAGCUCCUCGUCGGUGUACUGUUGGUCGACGGGGACGUGGUAGGGGAGGGCAGGGCGGGUGUGGUGCGGGUCCAGGUAGAAGAAGUGGGAGCCUUGCGCGCCGAUGAAGUAGUGGGAGGAAGAGGGGCGGCCGCUAUUGGUUUUUGUUAACAACGCCGCCGUGGCUUUUUUUGUUUUCAAAAAAAAAAAAAAAAAAAAAAAAAAAAAAUAUAUUCCUUGGACAAGCUGGAUAGACGUUUACAAACUUACCCUGCUAUCCCUACGGCCUGUGGGUAUUUCAACACGGCCUUGAGCGCUUCCCAGUAUACGGGCGUGACGCGGUCGAUGCCCAGUCUGAUUCCGAGGAGGAUUAAGGUGGGGCGGAUAUCUGUGCUUGUGCCUGUGCCGCCUCCGCUGGCUAUUGCCCGGAAUCGAUCUUCGUAGACGUCUGAGCCAUCACUUGUGACGUAGACGUUUAGACCGGCGUGUUUGCAUUCGCUCGAUAGUGCUCUGCGGGAUAUACUUUAAUGAGUAGAAUGACAAGGGAAGCGCUGGGAGGGGCGGGUGAAACCCACUGUAUGCAUCUUGCUGUGGCAGACGGGCCAAACCAUUCCCCAGGAUAUUUUCCGCACGCAGAAGCUCCAUGCUCCACGAAUCUGUGAAUUGAGAAGGGGGCCCUCGGAUCAUCGGCAAAUAGCGAGAGUAAAUUGCUUUCUUCCUUUACUUUGGUGCCCCGUCUCCACUCUACAGGAUUUUGUUUCCCUUUAGCUUUUCGUUCAUGUAGUAAACGGGGAAUAAAGCGUAGUAAGGCUCUUUCCCGGUGUAACAUACCUCGACCUAAAAAUAAUAUCGCCAGCGCAUUUGCAAGCAAGCUCUGUCCCGAUCGAAUCAUACAACCCCAUCCUGUAUCUGUUGUAAAUCCCUGCGGAUCAACCAGUUGGCUUCUGAGGCGAACGCCCAGCGUCAUGGCCGACGCAGCGUUGGGGUCGCUAGACUUUGGAAUCAGCGGGAAGCUAGACCGAUACGUGAGCCAUAUCUUCGACUCGAAGUCAUCUAGGAAGGCCGCUGGCCAGUCCUGCUGCCCUUGUUGUCCUGAUGGGUUUGCUGUGGUGGAUCCAUGGUGGUUUGCGAAAAGCGGCACCUGGCUAUUUAGGCGGGGACCAUUAUCUGGUGGCCUCGUAGCUACUGCAUUUGUUGUCUGAUCUGAAUCAUUUCUAUGUUCAUCCCGCGUCUUGUUAUCAUCCUCCUGGGUCUGUGGUGAUUGUGGUUGCGGUUGUGGUUGCGGGGGAGUCAGUGGCUGGUAAACUCGCCCCAGACACCAGAUGGGGGAGCCGGGUUCAUCGUCAUUCUUAGGCUCAGGAUCCCAGAAGUAUUGCACGAUUCUCUUGUACUUUCCGAUAUCAACGUUAUUCAUGACGGCUGACGGUUUAGACUAUAUUAAUACCCCAUGGAUGUUGGCGGUAACCGACGGGGUAGGGUCGGUCAAUAUCAGUGGCGGUGUUUAUGGAGGGUUGUACG